UCUGGCUACUCCUGCUCGUCCCUCUUUGUCCGGUGGCUAGAAAGAAGGCCACGACACAUUAUCGUAGCGUUUGCGUUUUCUUCACCAAUUCGAGUUAAAUGUUGGACCAGCGAGCAUACGCCGUGCGAGCGAGGACCGGUUUCCCGGCCGUGACCCGCCGGGGACUUUGAAUUUUAAACGGGACGAGCGGCGUGAGCAACGGAGAAAGGUAGUGUUAGCUAAAUGGCUGCCGAAUCGGGGAGACUACUGGCGGGACAAGGAAAACGAGGCAAAGCCUCACAAAUGAAGAGCCCAGAGAAGAAGAAGGCGAGAAAGUCCACUUCACAGGCGUCGGGGUUCUCGCACCUCACAGAGUUUGCGCCCCCUCCCACGCCCAUGGUGGACCACCUGGUGGCCUCGAACCCCUUUGACGAUGACUUUGGACCACCAUCGCGGCCCGGUGGAGGUGGUGGGCCUGGCGGUGCACCGUUCCUUCCCAGUCCAGGUGCAGGCGGAGGAAGCGGCUAUGGCGGUACAGGCCGAAUGGGUGGCGGCGGCAUGGGUUUCAUGGGGGGGCCGGGUGGCGGACAGCCUGGACCGGGACGCAGACCGCCAUUUGGACCGCCGUCCAACGCUGGACCACCUCACCACCAGCUGGGCUUUGGGGGUAUGCCUGGUUUCGGAGGAGGGGGAGGGAGCGGCGGCGGGGGAGGAAGUGGAGGUAGCGGGUUCCCUCCCGGCGGUCCCUCUCAGUUCAAUAUACCACCAAACUUUAGUCCCCCAAUGCACCCCGGGUCAGGCUUUAACCCCAUGUUGUCUCCAGGUGGCAUGGGAGGUCCUGGAGGAGGGGGUCCACCCCACCCUCGAUUUGGCAUGCCACCACAACAGCAACAUGGACAGGGCGGGCACCCGUUCAACAGUCCGCCGUUACCUGGUGGAGGAGGAGGCGGCCCCAGGGGCCCCCUGCAUGGGCCCAUGCCUCCCAUGGGUGGCAUGGGGCCCGGUCAAGGGAUGAACAUGAUGAGUGGGAUGGGUGGUGGUCCUGGAGGCAUGUUGGGGGGAUUACCAGGUAUGGCCCCUCAAGGACAAUUCCCCCCUUCGCAGGAUGGCUCCUAUCACGGUCCCAGCCCACCAGGACCCGGCAAUGAGGAUGGAAAAAACUUUGGCGGAGGAGGACCUCCCCCUGGGCCUCAGCAGCAACAGCAGCAGCUUAACUUGAACCCUAACGGGCCCCCUCCUCCUAAUAACGCCACCCCCGGUCCUCCUCCUAACUCUGGUCCACAACAGCCGGGAGGAGACUUCCCGGGCCACCCUGACAUCCAGCAGCCCAAUGCCGGCGCACCCGGCCCGCCGCCCUCAGUUCAGCCCCAACCCAACCCCAACUCCUCACCCAGCGGCCCCCUGAACGGGUCGGGUCAGCCCCAGCACCCGCCUUCCAACAAUGCCAACACCCCCAACUCCAACAACUCCUCCCAGCAGCAGCAACAGUCCACUCCGCCCAACUCUGCCCCGGGCUCCGUUUCACACAACCAACAGAACAAUACUCCCGGUAGCGCCGUUCCCAUGCCCAACACAGCCCCCAGUUCAGGUCAGAACAACAUGACCAACAACAACGGUGGCAACACCCCCGGCAGCAACCCCAACCCGCCCUCUAACUCCACCUCGACCCCCAACACACAGUCUCCCUUGCCCCCGGGCCCUUCCGCCCCCUCAGCCGGGCCCGGCUCGGGCCCGGGGAAGCUGGGCGGACCCGGCAUGGUGUUCCCCUGUGGCCUGUGCAUGUCGGAGGUACACGAUGACCAGGACGCCAUCCUGUGCGAGGCUUCGUGCCAGCGCUGGUUCCACCGUGACUGCACAGGCCUGACGGAGCCUGCCUACGGGCUUCUGACCAGGGAGAGCGCUGCUGUGUGGGCCUGCGACUUCUGCAUCAAGACCAAGGACAUCCAAGCUGUGUUUGUGCGCCAGGGACUGGGCCAGUUGGUUGCCGCCAACGAGAGCUGAGGGGGCCAGGGGACAUUUGACGAGCCCUUUACUCGUACACUACGUAACCAUCGCUUGACAUCCAUCGUUAUAUCUAAAAAUAGCACUUUGAGUGAAAUAAAUGCCCCUUACCGCAACCAUAGGAGAAAAAAGAAAAGAUGAAUGUUAACUGACACACUUUUUCGGACAACCAGCACUGACACCAACACACUACCUCACACACACUGACUGGCACACAAGCUCCCGCACUGAUUGAAAAUCACCACACAGUACAAACUGAUGCAAAGUUCAGUUUGAAUUGCCCCUGUAUCCCCCCCCACAUAUAUUUAUUAAU